CACUCGUGUCGUUCGCCGCCGUCCAGCCGCUCGUUUUAUUUCUAUGCUUAAAAGCAGCGACUGUAGACACAUUUAAAGAGGAGAGCCCAACAACAAAAUCUGCUGAUCACAAAUAAACGCGACACGCCGAAUCAUAGCAGCAUGAGCUCAAAGGGUGGCACUGCCCUGUCCCGACGAAACUACCGCCUGGCGUCCGACACAGACAAGCCCAAAGUCACAGGCAUCGUCAAUGAGAAGUUACUGAGCGAUUACCUGCAUCACGUGUUUCCUGCCUCCAGCAAGCAGGGCCCGGCGUCAGCGGCCUACAGAAAAACCCUGACGUUCCAGGAUCUGGGCGCUCAUCUGGAGAAGCUGCUUGCUGAAGAUAAUGUCUCUGAGGACAGCAGAGAUCAGACAGAAGGCUGUCUUGGACCCUCAACUGUCGUCCUGGAUCACAGCAGUGGGUUUGAAGGGCUGUUAUUUGGUGAUGACCUUUUGGGGGUCAUCGGCCACAGUAACUUCAGCUCCAUCAGAGCCACCACGUGUGUUUUCAAAGGGAAAUGGGUGUAUGAAGUCCUCAUCUCAUCUCAAGGCCUGAUGCAGAUCGGAUGGUGCACACUGAACUGCAGAUUCAACCAGGAGGAGGGGGUCGGGGACACGCCGGACUCGUACGCUUACGACGGAAACAGGGUUCGCAAGUGGAACGUGACGACCACCAACUACGGCAAGUCGUGGGCGGCCGGAGACAUCGUCAGCUGUUUGAUAGAUCUGGACGAGGGAACCAUCACGUUUUGUCUGAACGGACAGUCUCUCGGUGUUGCGUUCAGUAAUAUUAAGACGGGGAUGGGCGUCGCGUAUUUCCCUGCAAUCAGCCUUUCCUUCAAAGAGUCUGUAGCCUUCAAUUUCGGCAGCCGUCCUCUCAGGUACCCUGUGGAAGGCUACCUUCCUCUUCAAAGCCCACCAACCACUGACCUCAUCAAAGCCAGCAGGCUUCUGGGAUACCUCAAGACAGUCAUGUCCACCUCCAUCGACUCACAGGAGGAAAAGCUCGUGGAGAGAGACAGCGGAUCCUGGCAGAUUCAAGGAGAUCCCACCAUCCUGGUCACCCUCGCACACAUAUUCAACCACUGCCCGCUCAUGUGUAAAGUGUAUUUAGUGGAGGAUGUGCUGAUGAACUUCCUGCUGAGUAUCCUGGAGGGCGGCGGAUCUGUCGAAGAACAUCCUCUCAUUCAACAGCUGCUGGACCUCUUCUGGCUUCUCAUGGAGGACCACGAGGUGAGCGAGUGUCUGAAACAGCUGAUGAUGUCGCUGCUGAGAGCGUACCGUUUCUCUCCCAUCAUCCCCGAUCUGGGCUUUCAGAUUCAUUACCUCCGCCUGACCACGGCCAUACUCCGGCACGAGAAGUCCAGGAAGUACCUGCUCAGCAACGUUCUGUUUGACGUGCUCCGCUCGGUGGUCUUCUUCUACAUCAAGACCCCUCUGAGAGUGAAGGAGGCUGGGCUGGAGGAGCUCAUCCCCACCACCUGGUGGCCCACGCGCUUCGACAAAGAGGGCAAAGACGAGAGGGACACGCGAGAGGAGACGGCCGAGGAGAGGCUGAGACGCAGAGCGUACGAGCGAGGCUGUCAGAGACUGAAGAAGAGGAUCGAGGUGGUGGAGGAGCUGCAGGUUCAGAUCCUGAGGUUAAUGCUGAACAACAAAGACAAGGGGACGGGCGAAGCUUCUCGGUACAUCUUCCUGAACAAAUUCCGCAAGUUCCUUCAAGAGAACGCCAGCAACAGAGGGAACCCCACAGUGCUGUGUCCUCCGGAGUACAUGGUGUGUUUCUUACACCGUCUCAUCACGGCCAUCAGGAGCUACUGGGAUGAAGGCAAGAGAAAGAGCCCAGGAUCCAUCAACAGUGAAGACGCCUACGUCCCUCCUCAGCUCUUCUACAACGGGAAGGUGGAUUACUUCGACCUGCAGCGUCUGGGAGGACUCCUCUCACACCUGAAGAAGACACUCAAAGAUGACUUGGCUGCGAAGGCCAACAUCAUCAUCGACCCGGCGGAGAUCCAGGCCACGUCCAUGGAUGAUCUGGAUGAAGAUGAGGAGACCGGGGCUGCGCAGAGGCCGUCCGGAGCCGUGGCUAUGGGUGGAGCUCUGGCCCGUCCCAGCUGGUUGAGUUCCCCGACGCUGGGCAGAGCCAACCGCUUCCUGAGCACCGCCGCCGUCAGCCUCAUGACCCCCCGGCGACCCCUCGCCCCGCCGGAGAAGGUCAAGGUCCGGACCCUCGCCGUGGAGCAGAGGACCGAGGAAGACAUCGAGGGAAGCCAUGGAAACGAUGGGCUGUUGCUGGGGCGACCGUACGAAGAGCCCGACCAGCCAAUCACGGAGAAGUCUCUGCUGGAGAUUCUGGACGGGGUUGUGAUGAUGUACAAUCUGAGCGUUCACCAGCAGCUCGGCAAGAUGGUGGUUGUAUCGGAUGAUGUUCACGAGUACGCCGUCGCCCUGAAGGACACGGAGGAGAAGAUCGCCCGAUGCCCGAGCAGAAGGGCGGAUAUUUUAGAAGAGCUGCAAAAGAGCCAAAAAGUGUUUGCUGAAAAACUGAACCACCUGAGUCGUAGGUUGGCCUGGAUCAAUGCCACCAUCUACUCCAAGGAGAAGAUGCUGGAUGUGUACUGGCUCCUGCGGGUGUGUAUCUGCACCAUCGAGCACGCGGACAGCACGGGCUCCCUGUUCGCAUUCAUGCCCGAAUUCUACCUCAACGUGGCCAUGAACAGCUACAGCGCCCUCAAGAACUACUUCAGCCCCUCCAACUGCAUGGAGGAGCUCCCAGGUUACGAGGACACACUCACUCAGCUCGCAGCUAUUCUCGCCAAACACUUCGCCGAUCCACGCAUCGUCGGCACCGAUAUCAAAGAUUCACUGAUGCAGGCUUUAGCCAGUUACGUGUGCUACCCACAAUCCCUGCGUGCCGUCGAGAGGAUCCCAGAAGAACAGCGGAUGGCUAUGAUGAGGAACUUACUGGCUCCAUAUGAACAGAGACCUUGGGCACAAACCAACUGGAUCCUGGUCCGUCUUUGGAGGGGUUGUGGCUUUGGCUACAGGUACACACGUCUGCCUCAUCUGCUGAAGACCAAACCGGAGGACGCAAACCUGCCCAGCCUGCAAAAGCCCUGUCCGUCACUUCUGCUGCAGAGACACAUGGCUGAACUCCUUAGUCAGGACAAAGACAUGGCUGCCAGUUUCCUCAAUAGCGUCUUAAACCAGCUCAACUGGGCCUUCUCUGAAUUCAUCGGCAUGAUACAGGAGAUCCAGCAGGCAGCGGAGCGGCCUGAGAGGAAUUUCGUGGACACGCGGCAGUUAAAGGUGUGCGCGACCUGUUUCGACCUCUCUGUCAGUCUCUUGCGGGUCCUGGAGAUGACCAUCACUCUAGUGCCGGAAAUAUUCCUGGACUGGACCCGCCCCUCCGCCGAGCUGCUGCUGCGCCGAUUGGCUCAGCUCCUGAACCAGGUGUUAAAUCGAGUCACGGCAGAAAGAAACCUCUUUGAUAGGGUGGUGAACUUGCGCCUCCCAGGUCUGGAGAGUGUUGAUCACUACCCCAUCCUGGUGGCAGUCACAGGGAUAUUGGUGCGCAUUCUGGUCGACUCCGAUAAACAAGGGAUCUCGAGGGCUGCGUCUGUGCUGCUGUCGGAUCCUUGCUUCCAGCUUCGCUCCAUCCAGUACCUGCUCGGAGAAGGAGAUGCCGGAGCUGCCAGCGCCGACCGCAAGCACUUCUCUCUGCACGCAUAUACGGACUACAUCAGCACGGAGGAAGAGCAGAAGGUAGAACAGAUGCUGACUUUCCUGACGGAGGAGUCCAAGCAGGCAGCUGCCAGCACAGCGCCGACCAGCGAGGACGAUCUCUGCCCGAUCUGCUAUGCACACUCCAUAUCAGCCAUCUUCAAGCCCUGCUCCCACAAAUCCUGCAAGGCCUGUAUCAAUCAGCACUUGAUGAAUAACAAGGACUGCUUCUUCUGCAAGGCCACUAUCACCGGAGUGGAUGAUUACGCCAAACCAGCCAGCUCUUAGUGCGCCCUUAACACACACCGACACAAAAACUCCACAUUACGCUCACUUUCCCCAAAGACUUCACGCAUAUUCAGGUCGGACUCUUGAUUUCCACUCGGUCCAUGUAUGGUCACUGUUGGUUCUGCCAGCGUCGCUCAUCAUAACACGUUGUCCUCUGACGAAUGGAACAAGGCCUUGCAAGGCAAUAGCUCUUCCCGGGUGUCUUCGUGAUGAAUGGCUGAGAUCUCGUUUAGAGCCGCGUGCUCAUGGUGCUUCUGAAGGAGCAGCCGAAACGCUGAAUGUGGAAGAUCUGCUGGUAGUGAUGGAGAGCGUCUCGAUCAGUUUUCUGAUCUGAUUUCAUCUCUGCUCUUUUCCUUUCAAUCCUUUCGUCUCGUCCGUUUUGGUCCUCUCGUCUUUUUUUCUCACCUCGUUUUGUCUUCAUUUGUCAAUAUCUCAUCCUUCUCUCUUUUUGUCUCGUUCUCGUCUCAUACUUGUCUCUUUGAUCAUCUUCUCACCUCUUUCUCGUCUCUUCUUAUCAUUCUUGUCUGUUCUCUUUUUGUCUCGUUCUUGUCCCCUUCUAGUGUCUUCUAGUCUCAUUCUUGUCUCUUUUAUUACUUUUUUUUACCUGAUUCUCACCUCAUCAUUGUCUCAUACUUGUGUCUUCUAUUAUCUCCUCACCUUAUUCUCAUUCUCAUCUCUUCUCGUCUCAUUCUUGUAUCUUCUCUCUUCUGCUCUCCUUCUCUUCUCUUCUCUUCUCUUCUCACAAACUCUGGUUCUAUUAUCAUAUCAGGAAGUCAGAUUUAAACUCAGUACUAGUGAACAGAUUUUUCACACCACUCUGUAUUUGCUAAUGUUUUUAUAUUCAGUAACGACAGCCAUAUUUGACAUAGACGACAACAUGCAGUGUCACGGCAAGCAGAACCUGCAAUCACUCGGGAUUGUACAUGAUUUUCUACAUAAAAAAAACACAAGGAAAAAGAAACGCAUCUACGUAAAGCGUUACGCGCGCUAAUGUGUAAUAAAUGUUUUAUUGCAGAUUUAUAAAGCAUCGUACGAGAUAAAAAAAAGACGUUGAUGCAGUGUGAGACAGCGAUAACAAUUCCUUUGAUUUCCCACCAACACUCGGCUACAUUUCUCCGUUCAGACGGCUUUCACGUUUGGUGUUCACGAAUGUUCUCAAACAAGCUUCUGCUGUCUUCAUGCCCAGAUCUUUCCUUCAGUCUGUUCCAUUAGGAGUGCCUCGACUGCUGUUUUUGUUACAGAACACCAACAGACAUCUAGAUUUAAGUGCUUUGCCGUUGUGUGCAUGGGGUUAUCUUUCCCAGAAUCCUUUGCUAAUGGAUUAUGUUACACUCGGGCUCUGCCUGCACUCAGAAUCCAUCGCCUUGCCACAGCUCCCUUAAAAGGAUAUCCAGCCAUUGACAACUGCAAUUUUCUACACCAAAUAAAAGUCUAGUGGUGCGGCCCAGUUUUAAAACCCACAGAAAAUUAGAUGGAGUGAGCCAAGACUGGAGGUGGACCGCAGCUCCGACCGUCACGAUACGGCACGCAAUUGUUAAAACGACUUGUACAGAAUUCAUCACACGCUUCUUACUAAUGCACACCGACUGUUUAUUUCACACGCGGACUAUUUGCUACGACCAAUAAACCACUGAACUUCCAAACACUGUAUAAAACUGAUAAUAAGUACGGAUUAUCAAAACCAAAAGAGUAUUUGGGUCACUACUUCUCUCAUUCGGACUGUUAAAGCAUUUCUCACAGCGUGGUGUAAUGUUGUUUUGAAAAGGGGGUGCAUGAUAUGAAUGUAGGACCCCCCCUCCAUAGUUUACUUAAAAUGUGUGUGCGCGUUUGCGGUGAGCGUGUACCGACGACUUUAAUUUAAGGGUUUCCACUCUCAGGCAUCUGCUAUCGUUGUCAAAGGGAAUUUUAGAUUAGUUAAGCAAUAUUUAAAGGACUGUUGAUGUUUUUUUUGUUUGUUUGUUUUGUUUUUUUAGAAAGAGAGGACAUGGCAAAUUUCGGUUCUUUCACUUUUGUGAGAGUGUACAUGUAUUGAUGUAUUAUUAGCAUUAAAUUAUUUAUCCUAAA